UGGCCCAGUGCAUUGGAGGGGGGAAGAAGCCUACGGGACCCAUCAAUUUCCUGCCUACCCUGCAGUGAGGACAGACAGCAUGAGCACAGCUGGAAAAGUGAUCAAGUGCAAAGCUGCAGUGCUAUGGGAGCCCCACAAGCCCUUCUCCAUCGAGGACAUCGAGGUUGCACCCCCCAAGGCGCAUGAAGUUCGCAUUAAGAUGGUGGCCACAGGAGUCUGCCGCUCUGACGAUCACGUGAUUAGUGGAUGCCUGGUCACACCUCUUCCUGCAGUUCUAGGCCACGAGGGAGCUGGGAUUGUGGAGAGCAUCGGAGAAGGGGUGACUUCUGUAAAACCAGGCGAUAAAGUCAUUCCGCUCUUUUCUCCCCAGUGUGGAAAAUGUAAGAUCUGCAAGCACCCGGAAAGCAACCUUUGCCUGCAGAACGACUUGAAAACGCCUCAGGGGACUUUGCGUGAUGGCACCACCAGGUUCUCCUGCAGGGGGAAGCCCAUCCAUAACUUCAUCAGCACCAGCACCUUCUCCCAGUACACGGUGGUAGAUGAAAUUGCAGUGGCAAGGAUAGAUGGGGCUUCACCCCUGGAGAAGGUCUGCCUCAUCGGCUGUGGGUUCUCAACUGGUUACGGCUCUGCUGUCAAGGUUGCCAAGGUGACCCCAGGCUCCACUUGCGCCGUGUUUGGCCUGGGAGGUGUUGGCCUGUCCGUCAUCAUUGGCUGUAAAACAGCAGGAGCAUCCAGGAUCAUCGCUGUGGACAUCAACAAAGACAAGUUUGCGAAGGCCAAAGAGCUGGGUGCGACUGAGUGUGUCAACCCUCAGGACUACAGCAAACCCAUCCAUGAAGUGCUCCAGGAAAUGACUGAUGGAGGGGUGGACUUUUCGUUUGAAGUCAUCGGCCAUCUUGACACCAUGACUUCUGCCCUGUUAAGCUGCCAUGAAGCGUGUGGUGUAAGUGUCAUUGUAGGGGUGCCUCCGAACUCCCAAAGCCUCUCGAUGAACCCCAUGUUGCUGUUGCUGGGACGUACCUGGAAAGGAGCAAUAUUUGGUGGCUUUAAAAGUAAAGAUUCUGUCCCUAAACUCGUGAGUGAUUUUAUGGCGAAGAAGUUUCCACUGGAACCAUUAAUUACCCAUGUUCUACCUUUUGAAAAAAUAAAUGAAGCAUUUGACCUGCUUCGUGCUGGAAAGAGCAUCCGUACCGUUCUGACGUUCUGAGAUCAUGUUGAUACUUUCCCAUGCACCAGUUUCUGACCUCUCCACCCCACCCCACCAGAUCACAGCACCAGCCACGUCACAGCCUUACUUCUAUUCUUUACAGACACAGUCAAUAAAGUACUUGAAUAAUCUUUCCACAA